AUGUCUCAAUAUGGUAGCGCUGCUAAUUUGAGCAGCUUCCGUGAAAGAACUGGAAGUCCAUCAUACGCAUCUCUUGGAAAGCAUAAGGACGAUUACAAUCGUUUCGAGACUGCACGCCACGCGAUGAAUAGCCGCUCGAACCGAUCACAAACUAGUCAGGAAAAGGAGGAAGUCCGUUUUGGAGGAUUUGGAGAUCGUGCUGGAAGUGGAGUUGAACUGACCGGAUUCAACUGGUCGGGAGGAGAAGUUAUUACUUCUCCAAACCAACUUCCAAAGGCUCUCAAGCCAAGAACUAUGUUCUACUCGCCAAUCGGAGACGGAACUGUAGCGGCUGACGGUUAUGAGCUUAAGAGACGUCCAGUGGAUUUGACUCCAAAAGUCACUGUCACUCAGCUCCAACAUAUCGAACGUGGAGCUAAAGGACAUGAUGGAGUGAACAUCAUUGAGAAGAACUGGAGCACUGGAGGAUCUGUUCCUGCCAGCGAGGCUGGAUUCGGAAGCGAGUACGGACCAGGAAGCGGUAGGAACUCUCGUGCUGCUGCUUUCAGUCCAGAACCAUUCCCAAAACCAGCUACAAAUGGAAAAGCAGCUGCACCACCACCAGCCGACUUUGGAAACUAUCAGCCAAAGUCUGAACCUUAUCCACCGGUUCCUGCUCGCCCCAUCAGCGGACUCGGAAACAACAAUGAUGGAGGAAAUCCAUUUGGAGGAUCUCAGUCCAACUUGGGACCAAAGGACGGGCGUAACAGCGUUGCCUCUUCGGUCUUCUCGGAUCCAUCUUACCGUCUUGAUACCAAAACCGGGUAUCUUAUCACCAAUCCACGUGAGCUCAUCCAUCAGUUUGCUACAAUGACUCCAGUGGCUACAAUUGACGAUAGCGUCAACAACACACCAGUCACUCACACGAUUCAAAAACAAAGUUACUACAAGAGAACCGAGGAAACAACAGAAGAACAAUUUGCACCACAUGCACCAUACAAAGCCAACCAUCCAGUCGCUUCACCAAACAAAUUUGUUCGCCAACUUCGUGAUGAUAACCUGACCCACAGCCAACGUGAAGCCAAUACUCACACCGAGCCAGUAUACCAUAGAGAUCCCAACUACAACCAGCGAUUCCAGGAAAUUAGAACUAAAUCUAAUACAUACUCAAGAGGAGGAGAUGAUAUUGACCAGCUUACACAACAACUUGUCAGCGGUAUGCAAAGCGGAAAGUCGCGAUACAAUUAA